UGCCUUCUGACCGACAGAUCGAACAAGCCAAUCGAGCGCAGUGCAGAGACCAUUCAAGUGAAGCAAACAGCAAAAAGAAAGAAAACUCAAACUCACAGCAAAGCGGCACUCCGAGGGUAGUGCACAGAGAAACGAGCAGCAAGGAUAACGCCGACAGUGUCAAGUGCUUGAGUGUGGCCAAUCAAUCAGCCAAUCAACCAAUCAAUCAAUCAAUCAUGUUCAAGUUCGUGUGCCUUUUCGCGCUGAUCGCCACAACGGCGGCAGCCGCCUCCGAGGCGGACAGUCUGCUGACAAGUGCCCUGAAAAUGGUCAAGGAUUGCGGCGAUCGUUCGAUGGUGCUGUGUAUGAAGGAACGCGCUCUGCACUAUUUCGAUACGGAGAACGGCGACGUGAGGCUGACCGAGGGCAUUGCUCUGGUGAAGACAGACGACAUACCCGUGGGCCGCUCCCUCAACGACAUCCAGCUGCCCGAGGAGGUGGAGUCCCGCGAGGCCGAGGUCGACUCGCUGCUGGUGGAGCGUGUGGCGCGCUUCUUUGGCACUCACACUCUGCAGUUCAAGGUGCCCAAGGACUCGAUUCAGGACAUGCAGCGGGUGCUCGAGGAGUCGCGCGGCAAGAAGAAGGAGAAGAAGAAGUACCUGAUGCCCCUGCUGCUGCUGUUCAAGCUGAAGAUGGCCGCCCUGCUGCCCCUGGCCAUCGGCUUCCUGGCGCUGAUCUCAUUCAAGGCCCUGGUCAUCGGCAAGAUCGCCCUGCUGCUCUCCGGCAUCAUUGGCCUGAAGAAGCUGCUGGAGUCCAAGAAGGAGAACUACGAGGUGGUGGCGCAUCCCCACUACGAGCACGAGCACAGCUACGGACGGGCCCUGCCCGGCGGCGUCGAGGCCCAGAAUCUGGCCUACGCGGCGUACAAGCAAUAAGCCAAUAACAGC